AUGACAAAGAACAAAAGCAAAGGGGAAAACGAUAUGCAGACUCUUGACGGCAUACACGAACAAGUAAACUACGAGUUGGAGAUCGUGUUCUGGUGAGGGAAAAAACCCGAAUAAAUUGUCAACCAAUUUCAGUCCUACGCCGUAUACUAUCGUUGCCAUAAAAGAGUCAAAAGUAGUUGUGAGAAACCAACACUUCAUCACGCAAAAUGUAUCGUUCUUCAAGAACAUAGUGGAACAAGCAGUUAGUCGAGAAGAGGGUGAUGAGGAUGUUGUUAGCAGAAGACAAGAAGAAGAAGGAGAUCAGCUACAGGAACAAUACCAACAAGCGCCUAGAAGAUCUACACAAAACACAGGGGAGACAAACUUUUAUGGACACCCAAUAAACUCGGGGUUGUAAAAAAAACACUCAAACAAUAACUUCAUAGAGUAUUUUAUUUUGACAUUUGCAUUGACAGUUUGAAACAUUUGACAUUCCUUUGUUCUGUUAGAAAAAGGGGGUGAUGAAGUGUUACGUCACUUCCGGUAAGCCUUGUGGGAGGCAUUAGUUAAAGGACAUUGGCAACCAAAAUUUUUGUUACUUAUAUCUAUUAGGUGUACUUACAGAAUAUUUAAUUUCAUAUUUUGGCCGGUUUGUCGUGUUUAGUUGCUGAGAAAAUUUGAUUGAAUUUGAGAAAAUUUGAACAGUUGUCCGCCAUUUUGAAAAUAAGCAGGUAUGCUAAUUUAUGCCACAAAAUACAUUAUCUGACGGCAUUGGCUGGGUAAACACAAUCUUAUGACUAUAAACAAUACCGUGUAUUACCACGCGUAGUGCAUUUUGAGCCAAAACAAAAGGCAGAAAAGUUUUACCAAGUAUGUAACUUGUUUGUAACGCUAUUUCUCAUAGUAUAUAUCCUACCCCGUGUUAAAUAAGCACAGAAAUUCGAGUGUAACAAGGCAAAUACUAAUGCAAUAUUUUAUGAUCAAUUACCUGUAUUGUAAAUUGAGCCAUUUCUUGCUUUCCCAGUCGCUCGAUAUGUUUUUAUCUGAUAGUGUAGACUUCUCUUGUUUGAUUGCGAAGAGUGUUGGCCAGUAAUAACGCUCAAAACGACAUAUUUUUAGCUAACAUAACAUGCACGCAAUAGAAUUCUCUCUUGUAGUUUUGGUGCUACCCAGCCACUGACGUCACAAAGUUCAUUGACCUUCGAAACACAAAGUUUGCAUGCAUUUUACUCGUAGACUAAAAUGUUCGAGAAGGAAAUGAUAAUAUUUUCAUAGUUCGGUUGUCAAGUAGGAUUGAAAUAGCCAAUAAAAAUUUUCGUUGCCAUUGUCCUUUAAGAGAGCCAGAGCGGGAAAGUAAACACAUAUUUUGUAAGAAACAACAGUGCUGAUUGGUCAAAAGAUAAAACCUGUUAUGCACAUUAUGCAUUAUUAUCUAUUAUGCAUAUGCACAGGUUGGACCGCUGUAGUAGACGGGUGGUUGCCAGUACAAAGGUGGAGUAGGAAUCUGGGGAAUCUGUUGUGGAAAGGGUAGGUAAUUAUUGGGAAAACGUUGAGGGUAAAAAUGAUUGGGAGAAGGUUGAGGGGAAAACGUAGGCAUGCCCUUAGGAUAUGGAGGAAAAGGGAACAAAACAUCUCUUGUGGAGGGAACAAUCCUUCACUUACCGUCUGUACACUUGACAAGUAAGGCGGAAACUCUGUCGGAUUACACUUUACAUCAUCAUUUAGCAUGUUAGGUGGCCGUCGCAUCCGAACUGACAGGCCUUAAAAUAUUGGUCAGUCACAGACAUUGUCCGACCCAUUCGUGAAAUUGUCCGACGUAGUGAGGAAACCACCGGACAUUCUGUCCGACCUAAGUGAAACGGAGGUUUAUUGUUUGUCCGACUCGAUUGUAUUGGUGAAAAGCUCAAAAAACCAGUGUUUCUAUAACUCGAUAGAAACACGGGGAAUUUUCAUGCGUGUUGCGUAGAUUGUGUGGGAGUUUAAAAGACAAAAUACAAACACUAUUUAAUUUUGAAAAACGUCCCGAAACGCAGAAGAACUGUUACAAAAAAAGGCAACACAGCUAACUUAGAAAGCGAAGACCUAAAGCACAAAGUAUAAUUAUAGUACACGUUGUAUCUGUUUGACUGUUUGCCAAGGUAAGAUAUUUAAAUUUUACUUUGUCUUUUUAAAUAAAUAUUUCCUCGCGAUGUUUUUAAUCAUGUUUACUAUAGUAUAGUUUUUAAUCAUGUUUAAAUGUUCACUAACUAUUUAAAACAGUGCUUUCUUUGCAUGCAAGCAUGUACGUUGUCGAGUGAAUUAUAUACUUAGUAAAGUAAGCCUGUUAAGUGUUGUCUGUUGUUUUGACAGCAAUAUACUUGUUUACUUCGCCAUGCUUUUAUAAUUAUUCUUUACACGAACGUAUAUUAAGGUGGAAUUAAUAUUUGAAUGAAAGCAAUUAAAAUCAAUAAAUUUAUCUUUUCUAUUGUUUUUAAAAGGCUAUUUAAUAAAAGAAAUAGAAUUCCUAUAGAGUUAAUAGAAACACACUUGUGAAAGUUUGGGAGAAACUCGAAAUUGCGUGGAAACACUUGCACUUUGUGCUCACGUUGCCACACAAUUUCUCGUUUCUCCCAAACUUUCACACAUGUUUCUAUAACUCUAUAGAAACACAGAAAAUGUUUUCUGUUUCUUAACAGAAAAAUAGAUUAUAGUUGUCCAAACAGGCAUAGGCUACACUUAAAUAAAAAGGGUAGCAUCAUUAUUAGUAAGAAUUAUUUUAAUAAUCGUAAUUGAAAUACAGCCAGCUAGGCCAGGUGUUGAUAAGUGUGCACCAUUAAAUCCAGACUUUCCUAAUGUUAAAGGUUUUAAAAUGAGUAUGCUUAAUAUAGCUAGUUUACCUAAGCAUAUUGAAGAAAUAAGAAUCUUAUUGGCUGAUCAAUGUCUCGAUAUACUUGCUUUGAAUGAGACAAGAUUAGAUGACAAUGUUAGUAUGAUUUAAUUAUUUAAUUAGGUUCCCUUAUGAAAAUGUCCUAUAGGAACUCCUAUAGGAAAAAUUCCUAUAAGAAUUUCUUUCUAAACAAACUUGCUAUAGAAAUUCCUAUAGGAAAAAUUUCUAUAGGAAGUUUGUCCGAAAUUCUUAUAGGAAUUUCUCCUAUAGGAAUAUUUCCUAUAGGAAUUCCUAUAGGAAAAAUUUCUGUAGGAAUUUCUCCAACAGGAAUUCCUAUAGAAAUUUAAUAGGAAAUAUUCCUAUAAGAAUAGACAAUUCCAGCUAUCGACUAAUUUUUUAUCCAGGCAAGAAAGACGAAAUAUAACAUAUAGCUUAAAACAGCAUCCUAAAAUUGCAAAGUUUGGUUGCAAAAUGUUGUAAAAUACGGAAAAUAUAGCCAUGUGAAAUGAGCGAAUUUUCAGUAUUGCAUAAUUUCACAGGGCUAUAUUUUCCAUAUUUUACAACAUUUUGCAACCAAACUUUGCAAUUUUACUAAUUUUAGGAUGCUCUUUUGAGCUAUAAUGAUAGAUUUCAUCGUAAAAUAGUCUGGCGUUAGACAAAUAAAAGGGUUCAUCCAAAAAUAUGUUUCCCUAAAAUUGCCUCAAAUUUCCAUUUUCCACAAACAUUUUCCUCUAAGUGGAAACACUUACAAGCAUGAUCCAAUAAAGUUUAGGGUGAUGAUUUAUUUUCAGCAUCCAAAAGCUAGGUAGGGUCGGGAAACCGGAAACCCACAUUUUUUUUUGGCCUGACCAACACUCAUCCUGAUGAGUAAAAUCAUCUGAUAAUUAAAUAUCAAAGUACUGAAACUUGUGGGGAUUGAGUGUUAGGGUGAAUUGCAUCUAAAUGUGUGUUAACAUGCAAAAUAGUCUGAUGUUAGACAGGGCAAGAUAUUGAGCUUUGAAAUAGAGCACAUUAGUGUGAAUUGGGUCUUGAGUUUACACAUAACACAGGGAAACAGUAGAUAGACAGAAGAUAACCUACAACCCUGGACAAAACAUCUGCGACACUUUCAGUUUUUCACACACUUUUCUACCAUCAUCGCAAAACCUCCCUUCCCCCACCAUUCAAUGUUGAUUGCUGACCCACAACAUAUGUAAAGUAAUGGUAAUAUGUUCAACAUUGUUCUGGGGGUGGUGGGGAGGGGGAUGGCGGCCUUACACAUUGAGAAAUAUUGCAGUUGUUGUAGAGAUUAACGUUCACGAGCAGGAUUUUACUGGAAUGUCGCAGAUGGUUUUGUCCAGGAUUGUCUCUUUUCAUGGAAAAUGAAAAACACAUUACAAUCUAAUGAAACUCAGUAUUAGGCGCAACUUUAUCACUAUGAUCACAUCAAAUUGUUAAGUAGGUCUUUCCAGCUUUAGUUUCCUGUUGUUUUUUAUAUUGUCCCUAAUUAUAGUGGGUGAUAAUUACCUAUCAAUUUUAGAACCCAUGAAUAUCUGUUUCAAAACGUUAGCAAUUAAUUCAACGCAUACUGCAAUGGCAAGUGGUAGUAUUGGCCCACGAGAAUAAUAGAUUGGUCUAUCUUGUAACUUAUAGUCAAGCAGACUUGACAAAAUUUAGCUCUCGAGAGGAAUUCACUGAAGCAUUAGUUCUUGCCUUUAGCAAGGAUAAUAGUGUUAUACAAUGGUGCUGUUGUUUGGAAGACCACGAGGAUGGUGGCAAGCAUUAUCGCUUUGCUAUCAAGCUUAAAAAAAACAAUGAUGGCUUAAAAUUAAGAAAUUCUUGUUAGAUGACUACAAUAUUUCUGUACAUUUUUCAUCUGUUCAUCACAACUAUUUUAGUGCUUGGCAAUAUGUUACAAAGACGGAUCAUGAGUACUCGCGAAGUGAUGGUCAUCCAGAUUUGACAAAUGGUGAACCACUGAAGACUGAUUCUGCUAGUGCUGCAAUAGUCAAGGGAAGAGAAGAAUCUGACAGCGAAGGAGAUAAUGCGACAGGGCAAAGAUCGAGAAAACGUAAAAAGUGGCUCACAUCAUUGGAAGUAGCGGAUAUUAUUCAGUCAAAGUCCAUAAAGACUCGCACCGAACUGCUCGCUUUAGCCCAACUACAUAAAGAUGAGGGGAAACUCUGA